GGCCGGUGGCCGCGGCUGCUUCCUUUCCCGUGGCAUUUAAAAGCGCGUCUCGCCCGCUCGUCCACCCCCACACCGUCAACUCUGCCCUGCCCCGCCUCCGACCCCAGGCCAAACGCGAGAGCUCCACCGACAACAACCCCAGCCUUCCCAAGAUGCAGCGGCAGCUCAACCUCUCGCCGGCGCCGAAGCAGCAGCAGCACGACGACGGCGACGGCGGCGACGCGGUGGAAGCGAUCCCCCUUUGGGUGCCCGAGCAGUCCGCGGAGGCCAAGGCCGACAAGGCGCCCGGCGGCCGCCCGGAGAGGUCCAUCCACCUCAUCCCACUGCUCACCUUCCUCUGCUUCCUCCUCCUCUUCCUCUGCUCCCACGCCCCCUCCUCCUCCGAUAUGUCGAGCUUCGGCGGUGGCGGUGGCGGCGCCGGCGCCGGCGGACGGAAGGCUGGCAACCGGAGGCUGAUGAUGCUAUAAGCUUCUCGUAUCAGCUAGUAUAUCACACCUUAAAUUUUUGCGGCUCCUUCCUUUGCCAGUUUCAAUCCAACAAAGCGAUGUAAUCGUAUACUGUACUUGUGGAACAUCAGUAAUGAAAUCUUGAAUUGUAUGCU